AUGGCUCCGUUCUGUGUGUUGGCACUGCUGCUCGGCCUCUCCGCGGCCUCUGCCCUGAAUUUCUCUUCCGUCCUCGAUCGGAUAGGCUAUUCCGGUGACUACAAGACCAGCAAAGUGGAGCCAAAGUACAUCGCCUUGUACAAAGAAAAACUCUUCCUCAGCCUUUAUAAACAUGAGCCGAACAUUAUCUCGACUCUUGCGUGGCUGGAUAUCAACGCAACAGAAAAACCGCCACAGCUGAAGCCGUUUCCGUCGCCAGUACAGAGUGCAAGCGAUUGUAGCGCCGUGCAGAGUGCGAGAGGAAUUGCAGUCGACUCAUCUGGUCGCCUUUGGGCUCUCGACAAUGGUGAAACAACCUGCCCACCCAAACUUUUAAUCUUCAACCUAACCAACAACAAUAAAAUCGUGCACGCUCAUGACUUUCCGGAAGCGGUCGUCAAUCAUACCUCCGGCGGAAGGUGGCUUCACGACUUGGUUCUUGAUGAAUCAAACGAUGACUGCUUAAGGAAAAAUCAAUCAUGGACAGUUGAUAUCGGGAAUAAAUUAGUUGGAGCCCUUGCACUUUCUCCGAUGGGAGCGAGAGAAUUGCUUUACAUCAUCGUAUCCCACUCAUCCAAAAAUAUAUUCUCCAUGCCAGUGUCCGAUCUUCGAUCAGGAAAGAAGAAAAUGACGCUCACAUUGAUAGGAAACAUGUCCGCUAAAUGCGACAAGAUGGUCAUGGACGAGCAAGGCGUUCUUUAUUUCAAUCUUCCAAGCACUCGUUCUGUUGCCAAGUGGAACACAAGAUCAUCCUUUAAGGAGCAACAGGUUUAUUCGGUAAUGGGUGUAGAAAAUUAA